CCAGUGUUUUUAACGACGAAGCGGUGGCAUAGCUUUUCUAGUGCCCACGGCCCAACGCAGAACGCACCAAAAUUUUCCUCCAGCUCCACUAGCCCACGCCGGCGCCGCCGUCGGAGCACCCGCAUCCCCGUCCGUCUGAGAUGGCAUCGCCGUCGCCGGCGCUGCUGAAGGACGCCGUGGGCGGCCUCGACCGCGACGGCUUCGUCGCCCUCCUCUCCAAGCUCAUCGGCGAGUCCGCGCGCCUGCAGAACGACCCGCCGGCCCACAUGCCUCAGGAGGACCUCGUGGCGCAGCACGUCGUCGACGCGCUCCGCCCGGUGUCCACCGAGACUGGGGGCGGCCCGCUCGUCGUGCGGAAGGUCAGCUACGCCGAGGGCAGGAGCAACGUCAUCGUCGAGUACCCAGGCACCGUCCCCGGCCGCGUCGUCUCCUUCGUUGGCAUGCAUAUGGACGUCGUCCCGGCAAACCCCAGCGAGUGGGACUUCGAUCCUUUCUCACUAACCUUUGAUAGCGAGGACAAGGACAAGCUUCGGGGACGUGGGACAACUGACUGUCUCGGCCAUGUUGCGCUAGUGGCUCAGCUAAUGCGGCGGCUUGGUGAGGUCAAGCCACCCUUGAAGCAUUCUGUCAUUGCCGUGUUCAUUGCCAAUGAGGAAAACUCAUCUGUCACUGGCAUUGGUGUUGAUGGCCUCGUGAAGGAUGGGUUGCUGGAUAAGCUCAAGACCGGACCCUUGUUCUGGAUAGAUACAGCUGAUAAGCAGCCAUGCAUUGGCACCGGUGGAAUGAUUCCAUGGCAUCUCAAGGCAACAGGGAAGCUGUUCCACAGUGGCCUUGCACAUAAGGCCAUAAAUUCAAUGGAGAUGAACAUGGAAGCACUAAAAGAAAUCCAAAAACGGUUUUAUACUGACUUCCCUCCACAUGAGAAAGAGAAAGUCUAUAAGUUUGCUACUCCAUCUACAAUGAAGCCAACCAAAUGGAGCUAUCCUGGUGGAGGCCUCAAUCAAAUUCCUGGAGAAUGUACAAUUUCAGGAGAUAUAAGGUUGACUCCUUUCUAUAGCACUUCUCAUGUCGUGGAGAAGUUGAAGGGAUAUGUGGAGGACAUAAAUGAGAGACUUGAGACAGUGCUUGAUACUCGUGGUCCUGCGUCCAAAUAUGUUCUUCCUGAUGAAAAUCUGCGGGGAAGGCUUGAAAUCACUUUUGAUGGAGAUGUGAUGAAUGGGGUGGCCUGCAAUCUGGAGUCUCGAGGCUUUAAAGCAUUGUGCAAAGCAACCGAGGAAAUAGUUGGCCACGUGGAGCCAUAUUCCAUCACCGGUAGUCUACCUCUGAUUAGGGAAUUACAGGACGAAGGAUUUGAUGUUCAAACAGCUGGAUACGGUUUACUGAAGACAUACCACGCGAAGAACGAGUACUGCUUGUUUUCAGACAUGACCCAGGGCUUUCAGGUAUUUGUGAGCAUCAUUUCACAGCUGGAAGAAGAGGCCUGACCCGUCUUGCAGGGAUAGAAGAGUGCCUUCAAUUGAAAUUACUCGUGUUGCUCAGUGGUCUUUUUAGAACUCUUUUCAAUAGUCUGUGACAGGGACAUCUAAUAAUAAGAUUGAGAUUGUUUGGCGCUCAAACUCGUCUGUUUCGCGUGGAGACCAGUCCCGUUUUUACCGAAGAGUUUUUGUGGGCCUAACACGGUAACACCA